UUAUAGUUUGCCGUGAGGCGAAUCUAUGAGGAGCAGAGAUUGAGCAGCAUUGGCACUACUUUUUGAGACGAAAUAUGGCAUGGCGUUCGCACGGUGAAUCAAAUGCCUCAUUGGUAGAAAAUUUACGUAGGAAUGGCUUAUUUAAAGAUGAGCGAGUUAAGGUGACAAUGUUGAGGGUUGAUCGAGCUGAUUUUUGUCCUCGAAAUCCAUAUUUGGAUAAUCCGGAACCAAUCGGUUGCAAUGCAACGAUUAGUGCGCCUCAUAUGCAUGCUGCUGCACUUGAACGGCUCAAGGAUUACUUGAUGGAAGGUGAUAGAGCACUUGAUAUUGGUUCCGGUUCCGGUUAUCUAACAACAUGCAUGGCAUAUAUGGUUGGUGCAAGUGGUAAAGUCGUUGGAGUGGAACAUAUUAAACAGCUAGUGGACUUAUCAAUCAGCAAUAUCAAAAAAAACCAUGCGAACCUUCUAGAAGAAAGAGUACUAAUAGUUGAAGGCGAUGGGCGCAAAGGCUUCCCACAGUACGCACCUUAUAAGGCAAUUCAUGUCGGAGCUGCAGCACCAAAUGUUCCUGAUGAGUUGUUGAAUCAGUUAGCUCCUGGAGGACGAAUGUUGAUACCGGUUGGUGCUGCACAUAGUGAUCAGCGUUUUUUACAAGUUGAUAAAGAUAGCAAGGGUAAAGUUACGGUGAACGAUCUGAUGGGUGUAAUUUACGUUCCGCUUACUAACAAAGAGAACCAAAUUGGACGGAAUCAGUGACUUUUUUUUUAUGUAAUUUGGACACUUCUGUUGGUGAACUGAGGUGAUGUCAAGUUCUGAACAGUUAUUUAGAUGGGUCGUGGGAGCAGAUGUGCGGAUUGGAAGAUUUAGUAUUAUUAUGCUUCCCCCCAAAAAUAUUGCUAAUGAACGGCUUAUUCGGUAUCGGGAAGUUAUUAAUACCAUUGCUCUUUGUUUAAUGGAUACUUUAUGGAAGAUUCUGAUUUGUGAUUUGUUUACAUACCGUUCCAAAAUUUUGGAAUACUUCCGUGGAAUACAACAUGUUACCUUUUAUGGUCUGACCAUAGAAGUAUUUGUACAUAUAUUCAUUUUCUGCUUAUGCCAUUGUCUUUAUAUCAUCGGAUGCCCUUGUAAUUCGUAUUAGCUUAUAAACAUUAUUAUGGUUUUGCCCCUUUUUUUGAGUUUGUAGAAUUGAGCACAGGAUGACCGACAUUCUUCAGAUUUACGAGUUACUUCCACG